UGGUAACAUCAUGGAUUUCGGAUUGGGCUGCUAACUACAAGCUCAGCUGUUUGAACGCACCAGCCAGUUCUCAGGAGAAAGGUGCAGCGUUCUGCUCCCGUAAAGACCGACCACCCUGGACACCCACGGGAGCAGCUCCCCUCUGCCCUGUAGGGUCACUGGCCCAUGUUUGCAUGUGUCUUGGCCAACCCGAGCGUCCUGGCAAUGCUGACGGCGGCAGGCUUCAGGCGAGCCGAGCCGCACUAGACCCCAAGGACACCCGUGGCUCUGACUGUGCCUUCCAACAUGACCAGUCCACAGCCUGCCCUAGGAGGAGGAAUUUCGGAAGUGGAAAUCAUCUCCCAGCAAGUCGAGGAAGAAACCAAGAGCGCUGCUCCCGUGCAGCUGGGGAACUUUGCCUAUCGAGACUUGCCCCUGGCCGCCGUGGACCUCUCCACGGAGGGCUCGCAGCUCUUGUCAAACCUGGACGAAGAUUACCAAAGAGAAGGGUCUAACUGGCUGAAGCCGUGCUGUGGGAAGAGAGCAGCCGUGUGGCAGGUAUUUUUGCUCAGUGCAAGUCUCAACAGUUUCCUGGUAGCCUGUGUAAUAUUGGUGGUGAUUCUCCUGACUCUGGAACUUCUAAUAGAUAUAAAGCUUCUCCAGUUUUCCAGCGCGUUUCAGUUUGCCGGCGUCAUCCACUGGAUCAGCCUGACCAUCUUGUCGGUGUUCUUCUCUGAGACUGUGUUACGGAUUAUAGUCCUUGGAAUCUGGGACUACAUUGAAAACAAAAUAGAGGUGUUUGACGGGGCUGUGAUCAUCCUGUCCCUGGCCCCGAUGGUGGCGUCCACUGUGGCCAACGGACCCAGGAGCCCCUGGGACGCCAUCAGCCUCAUCAUCAUGCUCCGGAUCUGGCGGCUGAAGAGAGUCAUCGAUGCUUACGUCCUGCCGGUGAAGGUGGAGAUGGAGAUGGUCAUCCAGCAGUAUGAGAAGGCCAAGGUCAUCCAGGACGAGCAGCUGGAGAGGCUGACGCAAAUCUGUCAGGAGCAAGGGUUCGAGAUCCGGCAGCUGCGCGCGCACCUGGCGCAGCAGGACCUGGACCUGGCGGCCGAGCGAGAGAUGGGGGACCCCAGGCCCCCACUGAGAGGGUGCCUCAGCUCAUGGGCUCCUCCCACAGAUGCUGAGGCGAGAGAUGACAUGAACAGCUACAUCAGCCAGUACUACAACGGGCCCAGCAGCGACAGCGGGGUCCCUGAGCCAGCUGCGCGCAUGGUCACCACGGCCGCCAUAGACAUCCACCAACCCAACAUCUCCUCCGACCUUCUCCUGGGCGCCGUGCCCCCGAAACCAGACAGCACCUGCCCCAGCGCCACCUCGGAGACCACGCUCAACCCUGCAACCCUGUUGCCCGACGAGCUGGCCGAGAAGCCAAUCCAUAACUGCACGGAAACCCAAGGAAACUCAGACGUAAUUAAAGAAAACCACCUGGCUGACCAAGCGGCCAAGGAAGCAGCCGUGGAUGUUCAAAACCUGGGAGUGACAGUGGCCCUAAUCGAAGACACCGCAGGGACACGCCACCGAGCCGGCUAUGGCCUGCUGAACGGCUAUGAGAAGACCCCGCAGCCUCUGCACCCAGGAAGAGCACCCUGGGCAGAGGCGGUGCCGCCCCAAGAAGCCGCAGGUCGCCCCAUGUCCCAGGGGAGGGCAGAUGCAAAGGGCCCAGGGCAAGCGGGCCACACGAUGUGGACAUCACAAGGCGCCUGUGGCUGCGGGGCCCUGGGCAUGCCACUUUCCCUUCUCCACGUCUCCACGUCGUCGCUGUGCCGCAGUACCCCUGACGACAAGGACCACGACGACAGUGCCGGGCCAGUUUUCCCACCUCCACAGCCUGAGAUUCCGGGACUCGGACAGCGCGUGUGUGAACGGACAUGA